AUGGAGAAUGAAACUUCUGCCAAUAGUAGUAUUGUUCCAGCUAGUGGUGCUAGUGUCGGUUAUGCUAACACUAAUGAUGUUGUAGGUGCAACCAGUAACAAUGAAUUGGUGGCAGCAGUGGCACCACCACCAAUGCAACAACAGGCGCAACCUCAACAACCACAACAUGUGCUAGUCUUUUAUCCAUUCAUAUAA